AUGCAGAGCGGUGGGAUUCUGGAGUGCAUAUGUCAGCACAUGAGGGAAUGCCACGUGCCGAGUCCAUGUAUCAAUAUGAAGAGACAAGAGAACGCCCACCCACCCAUUUCUCCUAGAAGCCUGCGCCGCCGCCCGCCCCCCUUCCCCCCCCCCCCUCCCUCACACCUGUUCGUGGAGGUGCGCGCCCAGCUCCCGCUCAUAGGCGUCGACGCGGUGCAUGCCAAGAGUUGUGAGGUAGUCGCAGGCUGCGCCCAGGCCAAUCGCCUCCGCGAUGGCGGGCGUGCCCGCCUCGAAGCGUGA